AUCAAGUCGCCAGGGAGGCGGGACGGACGUCAACAGGUUACUUCAUCUAUACUUUCAUAUGAUUGUUGAGGGGAGCUGCCAGUCGGUACAAACAUACCUGGAGAAAUGAGCUUUUUUGGGUUCGGCCAAAGUGCCGACAUUGAAAUCCAGCUGGAUGGAUCUGAUACCCGAAAAAUGGCAGAGAUGAAAACAGAAGAUGGCAAGAAAGAGCGCUAUUUUCUUUAUUAUGAUGGAGAAAGUGUUUCUGGAAAGGUGAAUGUUGCCCUCAAAAAACCUGGAGGACGUUUGGAACACCAAGGUGUGAAAAUAGAAUUUGUUGGGCAAAUUGAGCUCUACUAUGACCGAGGUAAUCACCAUGAAUUCACAUCUCUGGUGAAGGAGCUAGCAAGGCCUGGAGAACUUACACACAAUACCACCUUUGACUUCGAGUUUAAUCAGGUGGAGAAGCCUUACGAGUCAUAUUCUGGCACUAAUGUUAGACUAAGAUACUUUUUAAGAGUAACAAUUGUAAGAAGAUUGUCAGACAUUGCACGGGAAAUGGAUUUGCUUGUACAUACGCUUUCAUCCUACCCUGAGAUGAACAACUCUAUCAAAAUGGAAGUUGGUAUUGAAGAUUGCCUACAUAUUGAAUUUGAAUACAACAAAUCUAAGUAUCAUCUAAAAGAUGUAAUUGUUGGCAAAAUUUAUUUUCUGUUAGUACGCAUCAAGAUCAAGCAUAUGGAAAUUGCUAUCAUCAAAAGGGAAACUACAGGCUCAGGACCCAACACUUUCAAUGAGAAUGAAACCAUUGCCAAGUAUGAAAUAAUGGAUGGAGCCCCAGUGCGUGGUGAAAGCAUCCCAAUCAGAGUGUUUUUGGCUGGCUAUGACUUGACCCCCACCAUGAGGGACAUCAACAAAAAAUUCUCGGUGAGAUAUUACUUGAACCUGGUGUUAGUCGAUGAAGAGGAACGGCGCUACUUUAAACAGCAAGAAAUCACACUAUGGCGAAAGGGAGAGCGGUUACGACGCCCCCUCCAACAGCAGCUUAUGGCACAGCAGCAAACCCUUCAGCAGCUCUCACUCAACAACCAGCAAGGAAAGUUUCCCCAGUCACACCCUCAGGGUCAGCCACCAGAAUUUACACCCCAGAUGACCUCGGCAGGGGCUGAACCUCCAUCCCCACAACAGUCUCAGUCUCCCAUGCAUGAAGAAGCCCCAGAACAACUGCCUAGCAAUCCAUCUCCACAGUCUCAAGGUAGACAACAUCAUUCAGCCUCUCCUCCACACCUGCAUCUUGAACAAGAGGCAGAUGAUGAUCUAACAACUCCAAAACUUCCUUCCCCUCCCACGGAACCUCCCAAUAGUAUUGAUUCUCCUGAGGAAGAAUUCUUGGAGGCCCAAGCAGGCUCACUCUCAGACGAGGAAGAGGCAGAAGAGCGGGAAUCAGUUAAACCCUCCUCUGGAGUGACACAGGAGCCGGUUCCAGUUGCGCAGUAGUAGACAGUCAAUCUCUUUACCAGGUAGACACAGUUAGGUUGAGGGUAGGGGGCGGGGUAUUUUUAGAUCCAACAACAGGGUUCAGAUAUACCUGUUUUAUUUAUGCUUUGUUGAUUAUUGUUUCAGUUCGUUGCUGUAAUCUUUUCAUAAUUAAAACAGGUGUGUGUACCAGAUUUUAAGUGAUUAAAACUGGCUUGCCAUGGGUUAGAAUCCUGUCUGUUCUGUGAGGAAAUAUAUAUAUAUAUAUAAAUUAUAAAUUUAUAUAUUCCAUUCCAUUUGGAAUCAUUAAUCUUAUGGAGACUGUCUCUAAUUAAGAGCUGGAGAACUGAGUAAUACUAUAGAUAAAUUAACAUUUAAAUAUGGAUAUAAGGUAUGUGUAUAGUUUUGAAGAUAUAGUACACACUACCUGCUUUAUUAUAUUGAUCAAAUUCCUCUCUGUCCAUAUUAUGUUUUAUAACUCACAAUUGGUAUCUUCUAAAUCAGUGAAACUAGAAUAUAAAACUGAAAUGAAAGAAUCAAGACCAUUUAUUCUGUUUUAUCUUUAGUAAUAAUAGUUUUUCUAGCUCUUCAGUGUGUUUAUUAUUUUGUAUAUAGUUUUUAACCUUCAAGUAAAUUGUUUUGCUACUUUCCAGCUAGUUACUAACUUUUCUGUUAUGUCACUCUGGAGAGGGAUUCACACAACUCUGUCUUGGCUUAAGCUUUUAAGCCAGAACAGCAUUAAAGGUAUUGCAAAGCUUGCUAUUAAUUACUCAUGACACUUUAUUAUUAGUAAGAAAAGUCAGUUAGUCACAGCUGUUAAUUAUGAGUAGUGUAAUUUUAAGAUUUUGUAAGAUCUGACUACACGAUUAAAACCCAGUAUAUUUGUGUAUGUGUAUGUAUAUAGAUGUAUAUAUAUAUCUUUACAUAUAUGUACAUACAAGCUAGUAGACCUUUGCUAACACCAUUAGUAGGUUUCUGAAUCUUUCUGAAGUAUUGAUGUGUGAAAGUAGUAAAGAUUUCUUGAAGGAAAUUGAAUUGCCAUAAAUAUGCUGUUUACAUUUAUACUGAUAAUAUUUCUCUUGAGUAAAUUUACUGGGAUGGGUGAUAUCUUUUCGGAGGGUUUGUUAAUUAGUAGUUUGUAAAAUUAAACUUGAAGCAGGAAAAUUUAUGCUGUGAAGCUCAUAGCUGGAUAUUGUAUAUUAUUAUUUUCUAGUACUGUAUAAAGAUUAAUUUGCUUGGAACAGACAUUUUGGAUUUCACUAUGUAAUUGUAAGUCUUCAGUUUUUCUUUACAACAAUUUGGAACAUGUUUUUCUCUCUUUCACAUUUCUGUACCUUUUUUUCUUAAAUACUUAACAGUUCACUCUGCUUCAUAUCAAGAAUAUACAGAUAUACAAGAUGCUCUGGAACUUGUUUGGUCAUAAAUAUUUGAAGACUAUUUUUGUUUUUGUUUUUAAUGAUCAUUUCAAAAUUUAUGAUUGCUGAUUAAGCUGUUUACCUGCAAACUAAUGGCAUCGAGGAUGUUUAGGAAAGCCUGCCCAUAAAAAUUUGAAUAAGAGCACUACGUGAAGACAAGCCUUUAAUGUAGAUAAUGUUUAAGUCAGGAAAAGUGCGAUCAAAUUAAUGGUAGUAACAUACAAGUACAUACUUGUGUAUCCCCUUCUCAGCUGGGAAAGGAGGCAGUGGGUGGAUAAGGGAAGGUAGGGUAUUAGAUUAAUGGGGCAGUGUUACAUUACAUAUUCUUGUUUGAUUCCAGCCAUUCAUAAUUUUUCAAGAGAUGGAGUAAUACUAAGUGACUCUUAGCUGUGUUCUGCAGUGUUGAAACUUGAUUGCUAGAGCCUUUAAAGCCUUUUUGUCUGUCUCAUUAAUUGCUUCUGUGUCCAUGUACCUUGGACUGUCUUGUCUUUCAAUAAGCAUGCAGAAUUUACCUCUGAUAUCAUCACUGCUCUAACACCCAUACUUAAUCUUCCCUCCUUGCUGACAGUCCCACCUUUGACUCAAACUCCCUCUUUGACUUUUUAACAGCAACCGAUUUAUUACACAAACUUUGAUAAUACUUCCAUUAGCACUCCUCACAACCCUUUCCAACUUUACUUUUGUUAUCCUUUCUACCCCUGGCUCCUCUCUGCUCUAGCAACACCUCUUGCCCUGCAGCACUAUAUGACCCUAGUGGGUUUAGCACUUAGUUUUGAUUAUAAUAAUAAUGUGUCCAUUUACCUAACAUUUUGUCAGUAAUUCUACCAUUAAUACUGUCUUCUGUACUGAAUGUGUUAUUCUAACCAUGAGUUGGACAUCGCACUUGUGGUGGAUUACAAGGAUGCUAUGUGUGCAUAAAUGUCUAUAUUUUUAAUCCUUGUGUGUUUACCUAUCUGUGCAGUAUUUUCCUAACUACAGGAACAGAGUUAAACUUGUGUCUCAUUUUCAGUAUUUGAUCUAUCGUAUGAUUUUUAUGCAAUUUGUGGUCCUGUAAUAUUUUGCUCUCGUGAAGUUUGUUGCAAAACCCACAAGAUGGUGCUGACACCCUUCACUGAUAUUCUUGUUAUUGUGAAGGGAGUUUUCUGGUCAUGCUACUAUUAGCUUAAAUUUUCUGGUAAGUGAACUCAGUUCUUCACGAAGUGAGUAUGUGGUGCAGGGGGGAUGGCAGUUGUAAUUUCCUGUGGAAAGGAUGAGUCAUCACUAGAGAAGCCUCAUUCUUCUUUGUUAUUUGGCUCCUACAAUAGCCACCUUAAACAAGACGUUUCAAGAGAUAUUACAGUUCUAAAUAAAAAUAUUUCAGCUAGAAAUUAUAAGACUUGCUGUGCCAAAAAUGGAAAAUUAUUUGAGCCGAAGAUUAGCAAAUAUGCGGCCCAUAAAUUUGUUACAUGUUGUUAUUUACACAGUAGGUACUACUGCACUGUAUAAUACUGCAAUAUAUACAUAAAAUAUAAAAAGGCUUCGUAGAGAAUUAAGAUAGUUCUUGAGUGGUGUGUGAUGUACACAGGAUAGUAGUAGGUAGUGUUAACUUUCAGAGCUAUGGUUCAGAUAAUUUUGUUAAGCAUGCUAUGCUGCAGCUUUAUGAACUAAAUACCCUUUGACAACUUGGGUGUAAUGAAUUCUCUUGAGUGAUAUCUACUUUCAGCUUCAAUCUUGUUUGGCAAUAAUGCCCAGACUGUUGAAUAUACAUAAAUUCAUUGAAGCCUUUUCUACCCCUAUAUAAAAAUUCCGCUGCAGCCCUAUCAGUUUCUUCUACCCCAGUGUUUCUUGGGAGAUCAAUAACAUUACUAUCCGGUAAUUUCUGGAACUACCAGGUACAUUGAAGCCACUUAUAUCAUGGAAAAUUUUAGGGCAGUUUUUUCUCUAUGCAGCAUUCACAGCAUAGUGUGAGUUUUUUCCAUGACUAGUUUUAUAAUUGCAGGUUAUUACAAACACAAGGUAUGAAUGGCCUGUGACCUGGUCAUAAUGGGUUUUGGAGCAAAACACACUCAGCAGAUUGACUAUAACUUGUAUUUCCUUCACCAGAUAUAAUUUGCCAGAUAUAUACAAGUAUGUACACUUAUGUACACUAUGUACAGAGAUUGAAUAGUAAGUGUACCACAGGAUGGUGACAGAAUGACAAAAACAAAAACCCGAGAGAGAGCACCGUCUAGCAAAUGCUGACCGCAAGUGAAUGACAUUGCCUCAGCAUUUGGCGGGCUUGCCUGUGAUUGAUCAAUGAACCAAGGUACUAAUUUGAUGACAGGUACCCUAAUAAUCAUUAAACCCUUGGCACCCAGUUCACUGGUUGAGAGGCAGCCUAUGUGGGAGUGUGACAUAUGCCGAAUAAAUUGUAACAUACUCUUUGGGUGCCACACAGGUGGUGUCCUUUGUUUUAUGCUGGAGACAUGUUCCAUGUCCUAGGCAGCUCUGCUGAUCUCAAAUAGGCCAUAAACAAUUAAGCAUAAUAUAACUUUUGUGCACUUUGUGAAUAAUGCCAAUUCUGCAUAGAGACCAUAAAUCCUCUAGUGCAGAAUUUCCAGUAGAAAGUAGGACAUUGCAUAAUAGCAAAUCCUCAUAAAGCGAAUUCAAAUAAAAUGAAGGGGAUCUUUAUUUUAUAUAUUUAAUUUUAUUAAUAUUAUGAUGAAAUUUUGGAUUUUUUCCUCAGUUUUUGCCCAAAUUAAUUUCUCUUUUAUAAGUAUAUGAUUAUUUGGUGCUUGUACAAUAAACUCUUGUCUUUGUUGGUACACAUUUGUUAAGGGAUGACCUAAAAUUAUUAUAAUUUUUGUUUCUGCACAAUAUAAUAUCAAUUCUGUGAUAAUUUUUCUCUCUCUACAAUAUAAUACCAAUUUUUUUUAUUUAUAUGCAUUUUUUUUUUUUAACAAGUCGGCCAUCUCCCACCGAGGCAGGGUGACCCAAAAAAGAAAGAAAAUCCCCAAAAAGAAAAUACUUUCAUCAUCAUUCAACACUUUCACCUCACUCACACAUAAUUGCUGUUUUUGCGGAGGUGCUCAGAACACAACAGCUUAGAAGCAUAUACCUAUAAAGAUACACAACAUAUCCUUCCAAACUGCCAAUAUCCCAAACCCCUCCUUUAAAGUGCAGGCAUUGUACUUCCCAUUUCCAGGACUCAAGUCCGGCUAUAUAAAAAUAACUGGUUUCCCUGAAUCCUUUCGCUAAAUAUUACCCUGCUCACACUCCAACAGAUCGUCAGGUCCCAAAUACCAUUCGUCUCCACUCACUCCUAUCUAACACGCUCACGCACGCUUGCUGGAAGUCCAGGCCCCUCGCCCACAGAACCUCCUUUACCCCCUCCCUCCAACCUUUUCGAGGAUGACCCCUACCCCACCUUCCUUUCCCUACAGAUUUAUACGCUCUCCAUGUCAUUCUUCUUUGAUCCAUUCUCUCUAAAUGACCAAACCACCUCAACAACCCCUCUUCAGCCCUCUGACUAAUACUUUUAUUAACUCCACACCUUCUCCUAAUUUCCACACACUGAAUUUUUUGCAUAAUAUUCACACCACACAUUGUCCUUAGACAGGACAUCUCCACUGCCUUGAACCGCCUCCUCGCUGCAGCAUUUAUAACCCAAGCUUCACACCCAUAUAAGAGUGUUGGUACUACUAUACUUUCAUACAUUCCCUUCUUUGCCUCCAUAGAUAGCGUUUUUUGUCUUCAAAUAUACCUCAACGCACCACUCACCUUUUUUUCUUCAUCAAUUCUAUGAUUAACCUCAUCCUUCAUAAAUCCAUCUGCUGACACGUCAACUCCCAAGUAUCUGAAAGCAUUCACUUCUUCCAUACUCCUCCUCUCCAAUUUGAUAUCCAAUUUUUCUUUAUCUAAAUCAUUUGAUACCCUCAUCACCUUACUCUCUUCUAUGCUCACUUUCAACUGCUCUGAAACUAAAAAUAUGCAAUUAAAACAUGUUUUCUCUUGCAAAUUCUUGGAUUGUACCUUUCUGUUUUACACGUUAUAUUUGGUUUGCUCAUGUGUCAUAGGCCGGGAAAGCAUGUAUCACAUAAAACCCUCACAUGACAGUUCCUUUACGUACAUGCUGUGCUGGGUGGGUUUUGGCUCACUCAUGAUAGCACUGCCCUAUAUGUUUACCAUGCCUUGUGACCUGUAUACUCAUUGUUUCUCCUUGGGUGGAAGUUCAGGUGGAUAACACACUUCUGGUGAGGGGAGAGAUCAGAUGGGAGGUUUAGUGCUAGACCUGCCAAGUCAAUCUUCUUGUCUUGCAUCACUCUCUACGAUCAGGUAAGGCAAUGUAUUUGGCCAGGGCCAGGCAAGUGUCAGAGGGUUGCCACUCUUUGGUCUUGUGGCUGCCAUUUUGUCCUCUCUUAGUCACACCUACGCCUUUCUAUCAUCUCUUGGGGCCAUUGUUUUAGUAAAAAGUGUCACUCUUCCUUGUUGGAUGGGCAAUUUGUAAAAAUUCAGCCUCUUAUUUGUUUAUCUUUUCUUUAGAAAGUAGAGCAAAACAUUGGGCAAACCGAGGGUGUGCUAAAUGAGAGCUUGAUGUAUUAUUGGUGUCUAUAGGUGAGUAAGGUUCUGAGUUCUGAACAUCUGAGGUAGAACUGAACUUUAAGAAUGCAACUCUUGUAUAAGUUUGCAUCCACCUUUAAUUGAAAUUAAUACAUAAUUGAACAAAAUGAAAUUGAUAUGGAAAGAUUAGUUUACUAAAAGCUAUUUAAUACUGCUCCAUCUCAUGUGAAAUUACUAAGUGAAUACAAACUAGUAAAUAUGAUGCUGUGUCAAAUUAAUCCUGUUACUCCCCUUAUCAACACUUCUCCAUCUCAUCCUUCUUCCCUCCCUCCCUCCCUCCCACAUGACACGCACAUUCAUACAUACAGUACAUACAAAUAAGCUUGUAUAAAGGUGUUUCUACCAUUGACUUGAUUAAGCUCGUCUAGAGUAAAGCGGUGUCUAUGAUAGUCUUGUCCUUAUGGAUUGAUUUUGUUCACUUAAUACCAUGUAAUUACCUAGUAUUCUGUGCUACAACAGAGUACUAGUACACCAGCUUAAUUAGUUAUAAUCUACACAGUAUCUUACUGGCUUUUGUAUAGUUCAUAUAGUAUUCUGAUGUAGUCAUUCCAUUUUAUAUUUCUCCUUAUCUCUUGGCUGCUGCUGUUUUGUUUGAUUCUUUUACCUAAAUUUUAUUAUAUCGAAAACUGAGUUAAAUGCAGUGAUAAGAUUUUCAAUGUAUUUUGUGGGGCAGCAGAUGUAUCUUGCCUUCAAGAGAUUUAAAUUUAUAAUAAUAAUAUUUGUCACAAGUGUAUAUAAUUUUUCAAGUGUCAUUCUGCUCAAUCUCUUUAAGUGAUUUUGUAGAUAAUGCAAAGUCGCUGUCUCCAUGCAUCAUUGGUAAUGUGUCCUCUUAUUUGAUCUGUUUUAAAUAUACUGUUUCUUGAAGUUAUUGAAGAUCUAUUUUAAUAUGAUUAUACACCAAAUAUACAAUAUUUCUAAUCCUUGGACUUUUUAAAUCUUUUAAAGUGUUCUAAAUAUAUCCAUAAAUGGGACUGUUCCUGAAAUUGAUAUUCAAAACCAAAUUGCAUCAUUUUCAUAAAUUUGAAAUAGUGCUGUAUGAUCCCUACUGGUUUAACGCUUCUUUAUGAAUAUUUUAUACUUAAAUAAAAAAAACUGUUAAAUUGCCUGACAUAUGAACAAAGUUAUUUUUAUGUAGUUUUGUUUAUUACUCAAAUUGUUUAAUGAUGUGUUAAAACAGCCAUUAUUAAAUAUCAGACAUGGCAAGGCCUUUUGUAAAACAUCCUGAUUGUAUGUGUAGUUCUCAGUUCACUAAUAUAGUGGAACCUCGGUUUUUCGUAUGGCCUAGUCUAUAUGUAAAACUAUAGUUAUUCUCUAUAAAAUGUAUUUUUUGUUAAUAUUUUUGGGUGUCUGGAACGGAUUAAUUGGAUUUACACUAUUUCUUAUGGGAAAUAUUAACAAAAAACACAUUUUAUAGAGAAUAACUAUAGUUUUACGUAUAGACUAGGGCAUAUGAAAACCGAGGUUCCACUGUAGUUGAUUUACUUUACAUUUUAUACAUUAUGAUUGUUGGUAGAAAAUCAGUCCUGUCUUGAGAGUAAUGAUAGUUCGAGUAUGCUUGAAAGCAAUUUUAAUAUUCUGAAUGCAGAAUGAUAGAGAAGUCACAGAACUGGAAACUGGUUGAAGGGCUUUUGAUCCAGCAAAUUAGAGCUGUCCUCCCCCUCAUCUGAUCAGACUUGGUUACCUCCAGUUUCCCAGGGAAUCUAUGUUACCUGAAGGUUUAGAGCUUUUUCCAUGAAUGUAAUCUAGAAGGUAUUAUAAAACUCCCCAUUAUUUCCAUUUAAUGUUAACAUUAUUACAGCUUGACAUUCAGUAAAGCCAGUGUCAGGCUGUAACAACGUAAUAAUAAGUGGUUCAUACUCUGCCACUCAGAUAAUUGCUACCUGAAACUCAUUUGCCUUCAUUAUUGCAUUUAUUAAUAUGAUAAGUUUUAGUACCCAGAAAUUCAGCCUAUGUUCUUUAGAGUGAAAUAUUUCACUUUUUAUUAAAAUUGCCUCUGUGAUCAGGAAUGAGCAUAGGUUAUGCAAUAGGAAAGUGGGAUCCAAGGGGACGUAGUAUGAUAUAGGGCGCAGUAAAUUAAUACUUUGUGCACAGACAGUAUAGAUGAGGCAACAUGAGCAUUUCUCUGCUUCUGUUGGUACAACAGAUGGGUAGAACAGGCAGGUUAUGAUAUUUAUGCCCAGGAAUAUUUUGUAUAAGGUUUUUCAAGGAUGGGCUUUUCCAGGAAAAGAUCCAUGGAUAUUCAGUGGAAACUGAAUAUCCAACUGAGAAAAAGUAAGCAAACCCUUUGGUGUAAAGGCUGUGAAGACUUUAAAUGAACUAGAGAAAAUGACAAUAGAUGCAACCUCCAUACAGAUACAUGCAUUAGAUAUAAUUCAUUUCAGUCAUUUGGGGGUUAACACCCAACACCUAGAUCACAACCACUCAAACUGAAAUAGUUAAUUAUGUAAGUACAGUAGUUAUUUUACACACACGCACACGAACGAUACACAAAUAACCUGCAUAUAGAAGAGAGGAGCUUACGACGAUGUUUCGGUCCGACCAAAACGUCGUCGUGUGCUCCUCUCUUCUAUAUGUGGGUUAUUUGUGUAACAGUUUUAGAAUGAGUUACUGGAAGAAGUAGUGCUACAGCCACUGAAAAUUAAGAAAAUUAAGAAAUUAAAUACUGAAGAUAGGACCCUAGGACCUUAGCUUUGCUCCUCUGGCUACAUGACCCUUGUUGGUUUUGCACUUUAUAUGAUUAUAAUAAUAAUCCUCUAGCUACAAAUUGGAAAUUUCACACAAUUACCUGGAGCAAGAACUUAGCCUCUGCAGCCACAGGUAGGUAAGUAAAUUGUAUGAUCAGGUGUGUAAACACCUGGCAAGUAUACUUAUAUCUUUCAGAGAUAUGCCACCAGGCUUCCUUCAGAGGCAGUGUUUAAAUACUGGUGAAAGACUUGAUCCAGAGACCCAAAGUUACCCUCCUUUUUCUGGGAUCAAACAUGGCUGGUUCCUAUUUCCUAGGUGCUGUAUGACCCUAAUGGGUUUAGCCCUUCCCAAUUAAUAUAUAUAUAAAAGAGGAACUUUAAAGCAAGGUAAAUGAGCAAAGGGGAUCACAAGAGGCAAACAAGUAGUUAAGAGAAAUUCCUUAAAAAUUCAGAUGUUAAUACAGCAGGGAGACCCUUAGAGGUUAAGCGCUUCUUUUUUAUUAUAAUAAUACAGCAUGGCAAAAACUACCAGGCUGGAGAUGCCACAAAUUGGUCAGUUAAGGGUUUAGAGGAGGGUUCCAGAAGCUAGUGCCUAAUGUCUGCAAAUUCAGGUAGGUGAGUAUAAAUAGUGGUCAGAUGUUUAUAGUUUGAUUUCUGUCUUGCUGUGUUUGCAUGGCUCAAACUAGAAAACGUUCAUUGAUAUAAAAUUUCACAUCAGCAGCCUGGUUGAAGAGAGAACAGAAGCCUGGCCCAAGGCUGGGCUACAAGCGUAGAUAAACUCUUGAAACUGGUUACUUUUAGUCUGACUUUGUGGGGAUAAGUUUCAUCUAGGCAGCAGUAUUAAUGCAUACCUGCUUUUCUAUCCUUAUUCAGUCUGUUUAGCCCAUGCAGAUUUAGCUCUUGUUUUUUAAUAUAUCCUUAUUGCAUUUAACAAGUGAGGAUCGAGCCUCCACUACUAAUGUUAAAUCACCCCCUUGAAUUUAGUGCUUCAUAUACAGUGGACCCCCGGUUCCCGAUGUUACCGGUAUCCGAUAAAUUCGGUUGCCGAUGCAUUUGAUCGAAAAAAUUUUGCCUAACUUCCCGAUACAAAACCCGGUAUGCGAUACGAUUCGUACGAGACGUGUCCACUUGUGGCCUGAACUCCCCCGUGUGUACCAGUGUUUACAAGCCAGCCAGUGUGCGCGCAUCUAAGGAUACAUUCGGUACAUUCCAUAUUAUCCAUAUUAUCACUGUUUUUGGUGCUUGUUUCUGCAAAAUAAGUCACCAUGGGCCCCAAGAAAGCUCCUAGUGCCACCCCUUCGAGACCAAGGGUGCUAAUGACUGUUGAAAUGAAGAAAGAGAUAAUUGCAAAGUACGAAAGUGGAGUGUGUGUGUCGGAACUGGUCAGGUUGUAUAGUAAACCCCAAUCAACCAUCUCUACUAUAGUGAGCAGGAAAACGGCAAUCAAGGAAGCUGUUCUUGCAAAAGGUGCAACUGUGAUUACGAAACAGCGACCGCAAGUGUUAGGAAAUGUUGAGAGACUGUUAUUGGCGUGGAUAAAUGAAAAACAGAUAGCAGGAGAUAGCAUCUCUCAAGCGAUCAUUUGUGAAAAGGGUGAUGAAAAUCACCCUCACUCAGCUAUUGCAAGCCAUGCUGGUGACUAUUACACUGACAAUGUUGUGAAACACUUUAGGAAAGUCAUAAAAGAACGAGAGGUACAGGCCUCUAUGGACAGAUAUGUUGUGCGACAGAAGUCCAGUGACUCUCAAGCUGGUCCUAGUGGCAUUAAAAGAAGAAGGGAAGUAACCCCAGAAAAGAACUUGCUACCUCAAGUCCUAAUGGAAAGGGAUUCCCCUUCUAAACACUAAGACCAUCCACACACUCCCCUCCUCCCAUCCCAUCAAUCAUCACCAGAUCUUCAAUAAAGGUAAGUGUCAUGUAACUGCAUGUCUUCUUCAGUUUGUGUGUAUUAAAAUUAAUAUUUCAUGUGGUAAAAUUUUGUUUUUUUUCAUACUUUUGGGUGUCUUGCAUGGAUUAAUUUGAUUUCCAUUAUUUCUUAUGGGGAAAAUUGAUUCGCUUUCCGAUAAUUUUGGUUUACGAUGAGCUCUCAGGAACGGAUUAAUAUCGUGAACCGGGGGUCCACUGUAUACUGUAUAUAUAUGCAAAAAACAAUUAACAAAUUAAAAUUCUUUCAGAGUGCCUCAGACACUUGAAAUAAAUGAACCUGUGUUUAUCAAGGAGCCAGGCAAUGGAUUACUUUUGCAGUGUCUUCAACCAGGCCAGCUUUUCCUAAACACCACAAACACUUCUGCUGGAAUGAUCCCAUAAUGAAGAAUUUUACCUCGAUGUUGCUUGAGAAUUUAUCUGGUAAGGACAAAGCUUGCUUCUUAGCUCUGAAAGAUCAUAUUGGAGAUUAGUUAUUAGUUUUUUAAUAACUUCCUGGGCACUCAAUUUUAUCCUUUUGAAUAUUCACAUUGUUGUUGCCCUUCACCACUUUCUCUAUCCUCACCGAGCACAUGUGUACUUGUGGCAGUGCAUCGACAGACUAGUUCCAACACCAUGGUGUCAGACAUCUACUAUAGAUUAUAGAGUAAGAGGUUACUGUAAUGGUAUUAUCAAGGAAAGCCUGACCACAGUCUGUUGCCCAUCACAAAGGGACUCCAAACUAUGCAGUGUCAGUUGCAUGUGAAAAUUUUUUGGGGGAGUCACCAACCAUACAGUACUAUUCCGAAGAGAUAACAUCUAGAAUAUGUGGGAUUUCAUUAUUAUUAUUUACAAUACCAGACACCUAGAUCUAAUGUAAUGGAUCUGAAAUAGUGGUACUGUAAACUUCAAGUAUUCCUAAAACAUAAGAAAAUCAAUGAUACUGCAUUAUUGCAUUGGUACAACUUCAUCCCAAGAGGUCUCCAGAUCUAGUGGGAUGUUCCUGAAAGAGAUAGGCAAUGAACUCAUUUGGGAACUUAAGGAUCAGAAAAAAGCAUUAUUACAUUAAUGUUUUACAAAAGUAACACAUACUACAUGAAUAGGACCUGUGCUACACUUGGGCAUCUAAUGUUGAGAUGUUUCAUUACCCUAUAUGGAGAAUAAGUGGUGGAUAACUCCAAGUGUUGUGUGUCUUAUUUGAUCUCAAAGCAGCCAGUUUCUUGUUCCCUUUUAGUUUUGCAGUCCAGAGAGAUGAUGCCUGUUAUAUCAUAGCUGUGCGUAUAUCUUACCUCGAAGGCACUGGGUAUAAUAUUUAAAAUGUAAAUGUUGGCAAGUAUGUUUGUAUGCGUAAUGUAAUCCUUGACCCAACUACAUGAAACAAAUUAUUCAAACUAAAUCAAGGGGUAAUUGAAGACAAUAUUGUAUUCAGAUAACAUCCUCUUUAUAUAUAUAUAUUACUGAAAUGUAACAAAAAUUCUAUGUAUAUAAUUUUAGUUAAAAUGUUGAGUUUUCAGUACCUGAAAGUUGAGAUUCAGUAACAGAAAUGUUUGCUAAAGUGUCUGCAUGACCCAUCUUCAUAUGAAGGCAGAUAAUAAUAUAUAUAUACGUAUGUAUGCACCCGAAGGGUGUAAAAUGACAAAUUCUGUGUAUAUGUAAAUAUUUUUGUAUGUAUGUAUAUUUACACACUUGUAUAUACAUACAUGCACAUUCAUAUUCAUUUAGAAUUACUGCACACUUACAUUAGAAGGUAGAGUACAUUGAUUCAUUGCAUCACAAAUGUUUUCAGCAUUAUUUCAAGGGACAUGAAUAUAUUUUUAUUGAUUGCACUUAAAGUAUUGAUAAAGUUGUAUAUGAGAAAAUUUGUAUGCACUUUAAUACCCUAUCUGUGCACACCUUUAUUUUCCUUAAAUAAUAAUUGAUUAGAAAGAUGUUUUUCAAAUUUUACAAUUAUUUUAAUUUAUUUACCAUGUGGUAAGCUUCAAGAUCAUUAAUUCUGACCUUUAUUGUGAAUCCUCUUUGAAGGAAGAAGGGAGAUUUAAUGCCAGUGAAGGGUUCUGGAUCAACCCUAAUUGCGUCCUGUUCCCCAGGCAUUGCACGCCACCCGUAGGAUUAGCAUCAUAAAUACAGCACUUAUUAUUAUAAUCAGGAAAAACAAUAAACCUUGAGGUGCAAGGGGUCACAGGAGCCAAUCAAGUUAGAUUUAAGGAGUGGAUAGGUCCACUUCCCUGGAUCAAGAGCCUCUCACUGGUAUGAAGGCAUCUCUCUCAAAGGGCAGUAAUAAUUUAGCAUAUUCACUGGGCUUCAUAUAUCACAUUCCAAGUUAUUCCUCCACUUGCCACAUUCUUUAUUAAAAACCAACAAUAAGACAUACUAUUGUAAAUUAUUUUCAGUGUGGGGAAUAUAUAAUUCCAGUGAAUGUUUUCAAUGUAAUAUACAGGACUUGCGAAGAAUAAGCAUCUUUGUAUCUUACUCACCUGUGAUUGUGCGUUUAGCUCUUCCCUUUGAAUAUAAUAAUUCGUUGAUGCAAAACUAGUAUUAUGGACAUUGAAUUGAAGAAAUUUGGGUAUCACCUCAAAUCUGUAAGAAAUAUGAAGCAGUAUCUAAAUUUCCUAAAUUCAAAAAAUAAUAGUUUGUUUAUACAGAGUAUGUAUUGUUGCUUAAUAAGCUAAAACAAAUUGCAUGUUGUUUAAGUUAGAGAACAUUUUAGGUUUUCCCUUGCUUUGUGUCUGCUCACUCUCAAUUUUCUGUUAUGUUUGUCCCAUUUCUGUCAGUAAUUUGGUACAGGUGAUAUACAUAUUUGCCAUAUGCGUUUGGUGCAAUUCACAAAGCUUAUUGAAGAUUGUUAUUAUGUGGAAUUAAGUAUUGAAGGCCUUAUUGAACUUAGUAUAGCUGCCAUGGGCUAGGAACACAUGCUACACAAGUCAAGGGAUACCUGUAUAUGAUUACUUUCCCACUGCAUCUGUUAUAUUUAGUCGUACCUCAAUGACUAGCAUGAGGAUUAAAGAACGAUUGAGAUAAAUAUAUAUUUUUAUGGGUGAGGAACGCUUGAGUGAGGAAAAUCACUUUUGAUGUUUUCUGUACCAAGCAUGAAAGACAAGCCACAGGCCAAGUAGAGCAUUUUUGCCUGAUGGGCUCUCUGCUGGUGAAGGGCUCUUGAUCCAAGGAACUGGAACUCCCUUUCCUUGGAUCAAACCUGAUUACCUAUCAUUCCCCAGGCGCUGUAUGAACUUGAAGGUUUAAGCGUUUCCUUGUGAAAAUAUGAAUAAUAAUCGUAAUUGGUUCUGCAGCUACCCUCCUUUUUUUUUAGGCAAGCUAGACAUAUAAUUUUUAUUGUGCUUCAGUAUAUAGUCUUUUAUUUGGCUUCACCAUUAUAUAUUGUAUGACAACACUUUGAACCCGAUUCAUUGAGCUCAUAGCUGAUGAAUGCCAUUAUUUUCAAGACUUUCUACACAUUUUGAUGUACUUUAUAUUAUUUUCGUUCUUGAAUCCUCAGCCAAUACUGUUGGCACGAGGUCCGAGUCUUCUAGAUAAAAAUUCACCGCCUCUGAUCUAACCUUUAACUGUCAAAUUUGUAUUCUCUUUUGAUGCAUUGUAAUUGUAUAAAGUCCUUUGUGUAUAGAUACUUUGCCCUGAAUGAAAAGAAUAAAUUCUUAUAGAUAAA